AUGUCGGAGGAACGUCCUGCGAAACGCAUCCGGAAAGGAACCAGGAGCUGCCAAGAGUGUCGAAACCGCAAGACUCGGUGCAUCUGGCCCUCCGACGAUGCGCAAGUCUGUCAGAGCUGCGCGACCAAAAACAGGACAUGUGAACUACAAGUUGAAGUCAUCCAAAGUCCGGACGCGGUCAAGUUGACGUCGCGAGCUCGAAUCGACGCACUGGAAAAGCAAGUCGGCGAUUUAUGGCAAGCACUCAACCAAGAACCACCGGUCCCGCUAGGCCAACAACAUCGACUCGCUCCUCUAACCAGAUCGACGACUCUUGAUGGUCAAGAGAGUCCUGAUUCUUCGAAUGCCUCCUCGCCAGCUAAUCCACCGGCACACCUGCUCCAUCUUUUCGAUAAUGACAUGCUGGAUACUAACGGCCAUGAAACUACUACGCCUUCCACCCGUCUAUCUACUUCUACCACCAUGUCCAAAGACUCGGCUUCUUUACUUGCCUUUUUACCCUCGCGUGAAGAUAUGGUCGUCAUAGCAGCGAACUCCGCUUCCUGGCUAUCGUGGUAUAAAGUCCUGUUCUCUUUGAACCUUGCCAUGGGUGCCGGACCUACGAUGCUCGAGAACUACGACAGGGUCAAGCGUUUCGAGAUGCAACCAGUACCCAUCGCCACUCUUCUACUGGCCGUGACAUUGACCGUCCAACAAGCCCAAGACGCAACGGACAUGCUGAGAAGCAUCCCUGAUCCGACUGCAUACAUCAAGAGCGUCUCCAACCUUGUGGAGAAGGUCGUGGUCUCGAACGAUGACCUUAUUGCAGAUCUCGAGGGAAUCCGGGGCGCCCUACUGUUUAUUAGACUUCAGCUCGGCCGAGCAAGGGUGAGAAAAACAUGGCUUACCCUGCGGCGAGUCAUUGCCGUCGCCGAGCUCAUCGGCUUGCCGAGAGCAGCCGCAACUCUCCAACGCAACUCAGAAUCGCAGUCUCACUCAGGGCAUGAACAGUGUGGAGCAUAUUGUGCAGAUGCACCUUCCGAACAGAGGGAAAAAGCCCAGGUUUGGGAGUCAAUCUGUGCAAUUGACAGAGUCAUGUCAAUGAUGUGGUCUCUACCUAUUGCUACUGCUAGCUUUCCUCUCCCCGUGAGACCCAUCAUUGACAGCCAGGGUCAAGUGGUCUUACAGGCAUUCCUCCACAGAGUCGCCAACAUUGCCAGUAAGGUUCUCGAUCUUGAUGGUGUAUACACCCAGGACAGACCUGUCUCUGAUCUACUCAGUAUGGUCAUGUCUAUGGAUGAAGAACUGCAAGCCGUGGCCAACACACCAGCAAGAGAGUGGUGGAUGGAGGCGCCAUCAAUUUUGACUCCAGCGGCACUCUUCCAGUACUGGCAUUCUUACUUGAUCAUUCGGACUCACCUCCGCCUAGCACUCGCUUAUGAUCAUGACCAGAGGUUUCUCUACAACUUCAUGUCUUGCUUGGGCGCUUGCCAAGUGCAAUGCAAGCGAUAUGUCACGUUACGAGCACUACUCCCAAAAGGGUUCUUCGCGCACUCCAUCGUCGACUUGCAAGCGUUGUCCGCCAUCGUGUUCUUGUUGCUAGCUGCAAACAAAUCCGCCGCGGGUCCAUCUGCCGCGGCUUCUUGGCAUAUCAUGGACGCUCAACAGUCUCGUGCCCUGGUUGAUGAAGCCGUCCAAACCAUGGAACAAGCUUCAGCUCGCACUGGUAGUCAGUCUGCUUUACAUGGAGUCGAGGCCAUCAAGGGGUUGCGGUCUCUGCUUGAGCAGCCGACUUCCGGCGAGCCACAAAAGGUCAGUCUGCUUCUUCCUCUGAUUGGAAGAAUUCAUGUAUCUCGCAAGUCUGCUGGGAGCGGUCAACCAAGAUAUCCGGAGCAAUCUCCUAGUGAUCCAAUUCGGCAGCCAUUUGGCGAAUAUGCGGUGGAUACGACGGGGUCCAACUAUCUGAGCCAUGAGUGGCUGAACACCUUGUCUUGUUCAAUGGAUGUGCCGGAAGACUUUGCAUUCCUCAGUGAUCCGACCUUCAGCACGGAACAAUGGUUAUCAUGGUCUAGCUGA